AUGGCAGUUUUAAUCCAGCUAUCCCGGACGCAAGCUCCCUCUCGGUUCGACCUCGGAAAGCAACUCUUCUGGUCUUUUGGCAGGAACGGAGUCCCCCGCCGCAGCAUGGCCUCAGACCCGACGGCGGCAGAGACGACCCGCUUCGACUUCCUGGUGAUCGGCGGCGGGUCCGGAGGUCUGGCCGGGGCUCGGAGGGCGUCGGAGCUCGGAGCAGCCACCGCCGUGAUCGAGAGCCACAAACUCGGAGGUACCUGCGUCAAUGUUGGCUGUGUCCCCAAGAAGGUUAUGUGGAAUGCAGCAGUUCAUGCUGAGUAUCUCCAUGAUCACAGUGACUAUGGCUUUGACGUUGGAAACGCUCAUUUCAGUUGGAAAACUCUUAAGGCCAAAAGGGACGCUUAUGUUAGUCACCUAAAUCGCGUUUAUCGCAACAAUCUUGAUAAGGCUAAAAUCCAAACUAUUCAAGGUCGUGCCAGGUUCACAAAUGAUCCUGAGCCCACUGUGGAGGUCAGAGGAAGAAAGUACACAGCGCCUCACAUCCUCAUUGCCACUGGAGGGCAGCCUUCUGUUUUGAGUGAUGCAGAAGUUCCAGGGGCAAGUCUCGGCAUUACCAGCGAUGGCUUUUUUGAACUUGAAACUCUGCCAAAGCGCAGUGUGAUCGUGGGGGCUGGUUACAUUGCAGUGGAGAUGGCAGGCAUCCUUUCCACCCUUGGGUCCAAAACAUCCCUCAUUAUUCGCCAGACAGGAGUUUUGAGAAACUUUGACAGCUUCAUCAGCAGUAACUGCACCAAAGAACUGCAAAACUCUGGUAUAGACCUGUGGAAGAACUCUAAGGUGAAGUCUGUGAGUAAAACUGAGAGGGGUCUGGAGGUGACGCUCGUCACCAAAGACCCAGAGAAGAAGAACGACGAGGAGAAGAUCAGCACCAUCCAGGAGGUGGACUGUCUUCUCUGGGCCAUCGGCAGGCAGCCGAACACCUCUGGACUGAACAUCGGGGGGAUGGGUGUGGAUACAGAUGUGGGAGGCCAUAUCAUUGUGGACGAGUUUCAGAACACCAGUCGACCAGGGAUCUACGCUGUAGGGGAUGUUUGUGGCAAAGCUCUUCUCACACCUGUUGCCAUUGCUGCAGGCAGAAAGCUGGCUCACAGACUGUUUGAGGACAAGAAGGACUCCAAGCUGGACUACUCCAGUAUUCCCACCGUGGUGUUCAGCCACCCGCCCAUCGGUACGGUGGGCCUCACAGAAGAGGAGGCCAUUAAAGCUAGAGGAAAGGAGAAUGUGAAGAUUUACAAGACCUCUUUCUCUCCAAUGUAUCACGCCAUCACGACCAGGAAGAGUCAGUGCAUCAUGAAGCUGGUGUGUGUGGACAAGGAGGAAAAGGUGGUGGGCCUGCACAUGCAGGGCCUGGGCUGUGAUGAGAUGCUGCAGGGCUUUGCUGUGGCCAUCAAAAUGGGCGCUACCAAAGCAGACUUUGACAAGACUAUUGCCAUUCACCCCACCUCAUCUGAGGAGUUUGUCACGAUGCGCUAAGGGAAUCACAAACUCCCCCCUUGCUUCCCUAUACGAUUAGCAACUCAGACAAGCAUACCAGGACAGAGUCACUACUUCGUACUAGUCUCGCAUUAGCUUGACGACUUGCUUUCUAAAACUACCUUCCAUUUUCUCUCAUUUAAGUGAUCUUAUUUUUGCGCAGUUUUAAAUGUUUUCUCAUUUUUACCUAAAUGGACCAAGACCAAAUGAUGGCCUUCUUAAACUGUGCUGAUUUCCAUUUUAAUGAUUGUGAAAUGGAAGUGAUGGAUCUGCAGGUAUUGUUGUCAAGUGAUUGCAUGGGAAGUCAAAAGACCUCUCUCCUAGUGUAUGUGUUUGAUUUGUGAGUCAUUUGUCAGAUUCAUUUUACAAACACUGCUGCUUCUUGAGGCUCCUAUUUGCUACCAAUGCAAGGUCAUAACAUAUCUACUGUACUGUCUUAAAGAUUCAAUAAACCUGGAGUUUUUUUCUUAA